GGUUGAGCUGAAUUCCGAAGAAGCAAUGCUUCAAAGUACCAGUAAACGGCAGCAGGAUCGAGCUCUAGACAAUGGCCGAGUGCCGUUUGCUCCUUCGCUCGAGGAGAACACCGGUUCAACGCAGCUCCGAAGGUCUCGAGUUCGGGAAGUUGCUUCCAGGUACAAACUUGCUUCUAGGAAAACUUCCUUGUCACCGGUUGGAACUUCAUCGAUUGAUCUCGGCAGCCUGUCUUCUCCAUCGUCAUCUUCAAGCCAGCAAAGAGCUUCCUCUCGGCCGGACGGUCUGUGGCCUUCGCUCAACAAAGAAGAGAGCAGCAAGGUCGACGAGAAAGCUGUGCGAAGUAGCAGGAAAAAUCUGGAGCAAGCCGAGAAUGAGAAGCCUCGGGAUAACCUCUUCGAGCAAUCCACGACGUCAACGAAAGCGGUAUUUGCUUGUAACAAGCCGGGGGCAAUGCCGAUCUGCAAGAGCGUCAACUUAUCUUCGACCAAAAAUAAAACUUCUUCCCGAAAGUCGCCCGCACCAUCUUCUUCUCGAACUCAUGCGCCAGCAGCAACCAAAGCAUACUCCAAUCCCAAAUGCAUGUCCAUGUCCGUCAAUGGAAGCCUUGGAUCACCUCAAUAUGUGGUACAGAGAUGGUCGGAGUCAGGAGGGAACUUCACCACGAAGAAGAAACCUUCACACAGGAAACUCCUGAGCUCCACCAUCACUGGAAACGAAGUCGACGAAAAUCUACACCACCACGAACCAGCUGCUUCUGAUUCUACACCGCUGACAAAAACAACACCGAGCUGUGAAGAGUUCCCUGUUCGUCCACGAUCUCCAUUUAGAACUCCAUCUCCAGGGACGUUUCCAUCUCCAUCAAGAACACUGCCAAGCCCACCAAGCUCGAGACCAUCUUCCUCUCACGGAAGCCCCGUAAAACGAGCAGCCGCAGAGCAAGACGAGGCUCAACUUCUCAAAGUUCUUCACAACCGCCACCUUCAGUGGCGAUUUGUUAAUGCUCGCGCUCACGCUGCUCUCAGCUCCCAGGAAGCAGCCGCUAAGGUACGACCUCUGCGUUCGACUUGUGCUAAAUCCUUUAUAGUACAGAGAUUGCUGUUCAAUGCCUGGGCUCGUAUCUGUGACCUUCGUACCGUCGUUGCGAUGGAUCAGAUAAAGUUGGACAAAGCCACAGAGAGCCUUAAGCUUGCGUCGGUCCUUGAAUCCCAUGAGAAAGGCCUUGAAGAAUGGUCCCGGCUGGAAGACAAGCUCUCGUCUACACUGGAUGAAAUGGUUGGAGCGUUAAAUGCCGAUGUGCUGCGAGUUCCUCUGUGUCGGGGUGCAAAGGGCGAUGCUCUAAUAAUUUACGGAGCACUUCAGCACGCAAGCCUUAUCUUGGAAUCCGUCGAAGCAUCCACUUAUCACUUGCUUCCAAAGGCUCAAGAGCAAAGCCUUUUAGCACAGGACCUCGCACAGACCGUAGCACUCGAGAAAGCAUCUGUCCGGGAGUGUAAGCAACUUCUUGAGAGAAUCGCGUCUUUGGAGGUGUGCUGCUUUUACUUGAUAGCUUCUUGUUGGUCAUCCUCGUUUAUAGAUCGAGGAGCGAAGCUUGCGGGCGCACGGGAUCCAGCUUCAGCAGCGAAGUCCGUAGCUCCGACUGUUUGACAACUCUUUUUGUCACAGCCAUAUACCUGAUACUGUACAGCCUAUAUAGAAAUUCAUUUCUACCUGGAGGCUAUGGCGGUGAUGAGCAAGAAGGUAGCUACCGCAGCUCCGCUCGUCAUCCUUGGCUUGUGGACAGCAAAGUUGAUCUUUGAGCAAGCAGAAGUCUCCAUGUCUUCCAUAGCUGCUGGCUGCCCGGAUUCGGUGACGUACCCUUUCAGGUUUGGCAACCACGCCAUCGACAGAUUUAUCUGUGUUCUGGUAUUUUUCUUCAAGACCGCCCUGGACAGUAGCCUCGGACUCUGGAUCUCUGGCUACUUGCUUUCCGUCGCCAUAUCCACCUUUGCUUUCAUAGCUGUAGAAGCUUCACGAUAUGGACACGCCUGGCUCCUCAGCCUCACACCAAUCUACGCCUUUCUCUUCCAAGUUGGUGGCAUUUCUGUUGUCGUUCCGGCCCUCUGGCUCCCCAUCUAUAUCCUUUCGAACGCAGCUGAGAGAUCUCCUCGACAUGCUUGUGAUAAAACAAUAUCUUCCCACCGUGCAGUACUUAUCCAGUUUGCUCUCCUAUUCUUUGAGAUUAUUUCCGUAGCCAUGGUGCUGCCUCUGAAAAAUGUGAACAAAGACCUCGCCAUCUUCCUCUUUCAAUUCGCACCCAUAGUUUGUCCAAUAUUCUGGCUCCCCAUCACCACCACCAAAGACUCCGAUCCAGCCAGUGGACACAAGGCCGUGGUCCAUCUUCACUUCAUGCAAGCUGGUAAAGCAGCCGUCUGGCACAUUGUUGCGAUCCUGCUCGUGCUGGACGAUCCAGAAAUUCCGUCCAAAGCACUUCAACUCUUGUGGCACCACCCAGGAGACCUUUGGUGCAGCUUCUUCCUUUUGAUAGACUGCCUCGUCCUUUUUGCUGCGAUGGUGUACUUGACGGCUGUAGAGGACGGAACUACAGCUGCCCUUUGUAUACUGCUUGGAGUGCCUAUACUCGGACCAGGAGCCUGUCUGUCGAUGUACUUCGCUUACAGGGAGGACAAGUUCCUGGAGACGACCAUAAAGAGAACGAAGAAUAAGCACCAGUAGUCGGAGAUAGAACCGCACCCGUUCAAGCGAACCAGACUUGGAGUGACUCAAGUCGAUGUAGUAACCACGUAAUAACAGUGUAGCUUAUUCUU